GCCGGCUCAUGGGAGUGAUGGAAAAAUUUGGUAGCAGGAUGGAGGGAGGGAGUAUAAAAGGUCAGCGUUGAAGGGGCAAAAUCAGGCUAAAGAGAACCUGGGAUAACCACACGGAUAUUUGAUCCCCUCCAGACUCGGUCCUCUGAGAUCAUGGCGGACUAUGACAUGGUUUUGAAGCACUGGGGACCAGUGGAAGCAGACUACAACACUCAUGGGAACCUGGUUCUGACCCGUUUAUUUCAUGAGUACCCAGAAACUCAGAAGCUGUUCCCCAAGUUUGCUGGCAUCGCCAAAGGCGACAUGGCAGGAAACGCAGCUCUGUCGGCCCACGGAGCCACGGUGCUGAAGAAGCUUGGAGAGCUGCUGAAGGCCAGAGGCAACCAUGGUGCCAUUCUCAAACCUCUGGCUAACAGCCAUGCCACCAAGCACAAGAUCCCCAUCAACAACUUCAGGCUGAUAACUGAGGUGAUCGGUAAGGUCAUGGCGGAGAAGGCCGGGCUGGAUGCCGCCGGGCAGCAGGCUCUGAGGAGCGUGAUGGCGGGCAUCAUUGCAGAAAUCGAGGCCGACUACAAAGAGCUGGGCUUUGCCGGAUGAGGUCACGGUUCUUGCUGGAACUUGACAGCACGCGGGUGCUUUCAUUUUUAACAAAACGAAGCUACUCCGUUUCUUCUGCAUUUGCCCAGAUUAUAAUUGUUUUGUGCAAAAAUAACCCAAUGUGCUUCACAAAGUAGAAUGACUGCUCUUGAUUUGCAUUCAUCUCUCAACUUUUCACCUAAAUUCUUGGACAUGCGAGUUUCUCAGUGUUGUAAAUCAUCAUUGACGUUUUAUUCUUUCCAAUAAAAGUCUUUGUUC